GCUGCGCUGGGCCUAGCUGUGGGAGUCCCAGGGCAGGCAGCGAGGAGUCUGCAGAGGAGAAGGGGCAGUGCUGAGGCUGAGAUGGGAAAGGGCUCCAGUAGCUGGAGCCUGAGUGUCUGGCUCUGGGAUGGGAAGAAUAGAGCCAGGCAGGCGGCAGGCACCGAGGCCUGGAAAUGGGGCAAGGGAGGGGGCCAAGGCAAGUCCUGAGAUGGCAGGGCACCAGGAAGGUAACGGGAUCAGGGUGGGGACUCAGGUGUCCCGGAGGCCCUGAAGAGGGUGCUGACCUCUGAGCUACUUGUUUCAGCUUUUCCCUCAGGUGUGUCAGUGCCCCUCCCUUCAGCAAGGGCCAAGCAGGCCUACUGGUGGGGUAGCAGAGGGGCACAGACAGAGCUUACUGCACACAGCCAGGUGGAACUCCGGCCAAGCCACUGGGCACACUUCCCCACACUUUCGUGACCGUGCCAGCUUCAGCAGUCAGGCCACCUUGCCCUGGCCACCUCUAGGUUGGGAAGUAGAUGCCUGUGCCUUUAAAUUCUCAGCAGGUUGAAACGGCUGAUGACAUCACUGGUCCCCGGGAGCGGAGGAGCUGGAGCUAGAGCCUGAGGGAGCCCCGGCUGCCAGGGGCUGCAGACAUGGAGGGCCACGGCAGCAGUGGCAGCAGGAGGCCAGGGACCCUGGCUGGCCUGGGCCCCCUGCCCAUGCCCCAUGGGGUUUUCCAAACUGGAGCACCCUCCAAGGUGGACUCAAGUUUUCAGCUCCCAGCCAAGGAGAAUGCAGCCCCAGUACCCUUGGAACCAAGGCUGGCUCUGGCACCUAUGGGGCCACAUGCUGUUGGGCCACUUUCCUCAGAGGGGCCAAGACUGGCUUUGUCAUCUCCUCGACCCCUCCUGGCUCCACUGUCUACCCCUGGAGGGCAGAAAACAGCUCCUGCCCGCCUCAGCUCCAGCCUGGCUUCAACAUCUGUGGGCCAGUUGAUGUGCGCCCCUGCUGGGGUGACGCCUCCUCCAGCAACUUCGGGCUCGGUCCUGGCUCCAGCAUCCCUGGGGCAGCUGGUGAUGUCCACCUCAGCUGCACCCAGGCUGCCUCCAGCUGCUCUGGGGCCCAGGCUGGCUUCAGUGUCUAGAGAUCAGAAGCAGGUACCAGCUGUCUCCGUGGGACCCAAGCCAGCACUGGCCACUUCAGGCCUAAGCCUGGCCCUGGCAUCUGAGGAGCAGCGCCCACAGCCCCCCUCCAACUCUUUCCCAGUGCCCAGUCCGAUUCUAUCGCCCUCUCAGGAACAGACCCUGGCUCCAGUAUCCAUGGCACCAGCCCUGGCCUCUGUAGGACGGACACCAGCUAAACAGAGGGACGUCCCAGCCCCUAGACCUCUCCCCACUUCUGAAGGGCAUCUCCAGCCUCCGGCUCAGGCAUCCAGUCCUGCAGGCUCCCCAUCUUUGAUCCAAGCUCUCCCAGACCCCCGGACCUCUCCCUCCUUCAGAGCAAGGCCUGAGGUCCCUCGCAGCAGCCCUGAGGAUCCUGUCCUGCCCCAGCCACCCCAGUCGCUGCCCUUGAAUACAGGCCAGGGCUCCCCAGGACUUCUGUCCCCUACCUUCCGGCCAGGGGUCCCCUCAGCCCAGACCGUGCCCCCACCUCUACCCAAGCCACCCCGGUCUCCCAGCCGCUCCCCCAGCCGCUCCCCUAACCGAUCCCCCAACCACUCCCCCAACUGCUCCCCUUGUGAUCACCCAGCCCCUGAAACGGCCCUCCCCAGGCCUGGCACCCAGGGUGUCAGGCCUGGUGGGCACCUGAGCCCCAGCCUUCAGCCCCAAGAAAUUCCAGUCCCAAUCACCACCUCCCCAUCUACAUCCACUUCAUCAUCAUCAUCCUCGUGGUCAGCUCAGCCGACCUGCAAGAGCGACCCCGGCUUCUGGAUCACUGUGGUCACGUGGAAUGUGGGCACUGCCAUGCCCCCUGACGACGUCACAUCCCUCCUCCACCUGGGCAGUGGCAGCGAUGACGGCGACAAGGCAGACAUGAUUGCCAUAGGGUUGCAGGAAGUGAACUCAAUGAUCAACAAGAGGCUCAAGGACGCGCUCUUCACGGAUCAGUGGAGCGAGCUUUUCAUGGAUGCACUGGCGCCUUUCAACUUCGUGCUGGUGAGUACGGUGAGGAUGCAGGGUGUCAUUCUGCUCUUGUUCGCCAAGUACUACCACCUGCCCUUCCUGAGGGACGUGCAGACCGAUUGCACGCGCACUGGACUGGGUGGCUAUUGGGGCAACAAAGGUGGAGUGAGUGUGAGACUGGCGACCUUCGGACACAUGCUCUGCUUCCUGAACUGCCACCUGCCAGCACACAUGGACAAGGCGGAGCAGCGCAAGGACAACUUCCAGACCAUCCUCAGCCUCCAGCAGUUCCCGGGUCCAGGGGCGCAAGGCAUCCUGGAUCACGACCUCGUGUUCUGGUUCGGGGACCUCAACUUCCGAAUCGAGAGCUACGACCCUCACUUCGUCAAGUUUGCCAUUGACAACAACCAGCUUCACAAGCUCUGGGAGAAGGACCAGCUCAACAUGGCCAAGAACACCUGGCCCAUCCUGAAGGGCUUCCAGGAGGGGCCCCUCAACUUUGCACCCACCUUCAAGUUUGACGUGGGUACUAACAAAUAUGACACCAGUGCGAAGAAGCGGAAGCCGGCCUGGACAGACCGUAUCCUGUGGAAAGUCAAGGCUCCGCGUGGAGGUCGCAGCCCCUCGGGACAGGAGAGCUACCGGCUCCAGGUGACCCAGCACAGCUACCGCAGCCACAUGGAAUACACAGUCAGUGACCACAAGCCUGUGGCUGCGCAGUUUGUCCUGCACUUUGCCUUCAGGGACGACACACCGCUGGUGCGGCUGGAGGUGGCAGACGAGUGGGUGAGGCCAGAGCAGGCUGUGGUGAGGUACCGCAUGGAAACCGUGUUCGCCCGUAGCUCCUGGGACUGGAUCGGCUUGUACCGGGUGGGUUUCCGCCACUGCAAGGACUACGUGGCUUACGUCUGGGCCAAACAUGAGGAUGUGGACAGGAACGUCUACCAGGUGACAUUCAGUGAGGAGUCCUUGCCCAAGGGCCACGGAGACUUCAUCCUGGGCUAUUACAGCCACACCCACAGCAUCCUCAUUGGAGUCACGGAGCCCUUCCAGAUCUCUCUGCCUACCUCGGAGCUGGCCAGCAGCACAGACAGCUCAGGCACCAGCUCGGAGGAUGAAGAUGACAGCACCCUGGAGCUGCUCGCACCCAAGUCCCGAAGCCCCAGUCCUGGCAAGUCCAAGAGGCACCGCAGUCGCAGCCCAGGCUUGGCCCGCUUCCCUGGUCUGGCCUUAAGACCCUCUUCCCGUGAACGACGGGGCACCAGCCGGAGCCCCUCACCCCAGAGCCGUCACCUGCCCUGUGUGGCCCCCAACAGGGGCAAUGAUGGAGGCAGCCAGGGCAGUAGUGAGGAGGGGCCCUCUCGGCUGCCUGACCCCUGGGCCUUCCCACCAUCUGUGCCUCAAAGCCUAGGCUUGCUGCCUGCCUUGCGCCUGGAGACUGUAGACCCUGGAGGUGGUGGCUCCUGGGGACCUGCUCAGGAGACCCCGACCCCAGACAGCCUGACUCCCAGCCCCCAGGGCCGGCAGAAGUUGGAGGAAGGGGGCCUGGGGCCCUGAGGGCGGGGUGGGCUGCGGGGUACAGGUGGCUCCCACUCUGCCCCAACCUUCUGCAAAACCAUUUGCCUCCCUCUUGCUGCUGCUCCAGCUUUAUCCACGCCUGUCACUGUCCCUGCCUGCAGUGGCCAGCUGGGAUUCCCUCAAAUCGAUCCUGGCACCUCAACUGUGACAAUCAGCAAAGCCCUAUGUAGACCCCCAUCUGGGAUGGAGGGGCGGGGCAAUUCUAGAGGUCGCUGAUUAGGAAUUAAAUUCUCUAGCCUCA